AGGCUAAGCGCAAGCCGCGCCCGCCACAGACCACUGAUCAUUCACUCCGGCACCAUGGACGGCGAAACUCUCAGCUUGGAAGCCAUCGUCAACAACAACCUCAGCGGCCGAGACCUUGACGAGUUUAACAGAAUCUACUACGGCAGAAAGGACCAUCUUGAAGUCAAGCUGAAGGAGACCUCCAUCGCCGCCGCCAAGGAUGCCAACUUUGAAAUCGCCGCCUACGGCUUCCCGGCCAAACAGGAACAAACUCGCGCCCCCAGGAUCGUGAAAGUCGGUAUCAUCCAACACUCCAUCGCUAUUCCGACCGACCGUCCCAUCCUCGAGCAAAAAAAGGCUAUAUUUGACAAAGUUAAGAAGAUUAUUGACGUCGCCGGCCAGGAGGGCGUGAACAUCAUCUGCUUCCAAGAGCUAUGGAACAUGCCGUUCGCUUUCUGCACUCGCGAGAAGCAGCCGUGGUGCGAGUUCGCCGAAUCAGCCGAGCAUGGUGAAACCACGAGGUUCCUUCGCGAGCUGGCCGUCAAGUACUCGAUGGUGAUCGUCUCCUCUAUCCUUGAGAGGGAUGAGAAGCACGCAGACAUCCUGUGGAACACCGCCGUCGUCAUCAGCGAUUCUGGCAACGUGAUCGGCAAGCAGCGCAAGAACCACAUCCCGAGGGUGGGAGACUUCAACGAAUCGAACUACUACAUGGAGGGUAACUCCGGACAUCCGGUCUUCGCGACUCGCUACGGUAAAAUCGCGAUUAACAUUUGCUUCGACCGCCACCACGUCCUGAACUGGAUGAUGUUCGGUCAGAACGGAGCCGAGAUCGUGUUUAACCCGUCGGCCACGAUUGCCGCUGAGGCCGGAAGCGAGUACAUGUGGAACAUUGAAGCGAGGAAUGCCGCUAUAACUAACUGCUACUUCACCGCUGCGAUCAACCGUGUUGGGUACGAAGAGUUCCCUAAUGAAUUCACGUCGGCUGACGGUAAGCCUGCUCACAAAGACUUGGGGUUGUUCUACGGUUCGAGCUACUUCACGGGUCCUGAUGGAGUGAGGUGCCCGGGCCUGUCGCGUACGAGGGACGGUUUGCUGAUCGGAGUGCUGGACUUGAAUCAGAACAGGCAGAUCAAGGACAGGCGCUGCUACUACAUGACGCAACGCCUGGACAUGUACGUUGACAGCCUCAGCAAAGUCCUGGACCUGGACUACAAGCCGCAAAUCGUACACGAGCAUGAUCCCGAGAAGUGA